AAGGAAACCACACAGCAACAGAAAAAGUCUCAUCUUUCUACACAUUUCCCCACUCUUAACACUUUGCUCAAGGCUCCUGCUGGCAGAGGAGCCGUGGAUGAGACAGGGACAGCACAGAGGCCUCUGCUGCAGGUUUGCCCAGCCUGCUCCCGGCGAUGGGAGACUCUGCCAACACGAGCAGUGCUGCUAACAGCAGCGGAGCCCCCUCCCCUGUGCCGUGCCCCCGGGACACCGCGCUCACCCAGCUGCUCUUCCCCGUGCUCUACACCCUCAUCUUCCUCCUGGGGCUGCUGCUCAACAGCCUGGCCUGCUGGGCUUUCUUCCACAUCCCGAGCACAUCGACGUUCAUCGUGUACUUGAAGAACACGCUGGUGUCUGACUCCCUGAUGACGCUGCUGCUGCCGCCGAAGAUCCUGGCGGACGCGGGGCUGGCGCCCUGGCGGCUCCGCGCCUUCGUCUGCCGCUUCUCGGCCGUGCUCUUCUACGCCUGCAUGUACAUCAGCAUCGUGCUGCUGGGGCUCAUCGCCUUCGACCGCUUCCUCAAGAUCCUCAGGCCCUUUGGGAAGUUCUGGGUGCAGAAUCCCACCUCAGCACGGAUCCUGGCGGGGCUGGUCUGGCUCUUCUUCCUGCUGCUCUCGCUGCCCAACGUGGUCCUGUCCGGCGAGGCGGCCACGCCGCAGUCCGUGAGGAAGUGUGCCUCCCUCAAGAGCCCCCUGGGGCUCAGGUGGCACGAGGCUGUCAACUACAUCUGCCAGCUCAUCUUCUGGACCGUCCUGGUCCUCAUGCUGCUCUUCUACACCGUCAUUGCCAAGAAGGUGUACGAGUCCUACACAAAAACACAGAGGAAAGACAACCGAAGCCAGAAACGCAUCAAGGGGAAAGUGUUCAUCAUCUUCACCGUGUUCUUCGUGUGCUUUGCCCCCUUCCACUUCAGCAGGGUGCCCUACACGCUGAGCCAGACCAGGCCCACGGGCUGCCGCCUGCAGAACCGGCUCUUCGUGGCCAAGGAGAGCACGCUGUGGCUGGCGGCCACCAACGUGUGCGCGGACCCGCUCAUCUACCUGCUGCUGUGCCGGCCCUUCGUGGAGAGGGUGCUGUGCAGGAGGGGCAGGGCCCCGCAGGGAGCAGCCCCGAGCCAGGCAAACACCCAGCUGGACACGCGGGUGUCUCCCGCCGAGCCCUGACCCUGCAGCUGCCCUGCGUUUCACAGAGCUGGGCACAGCUGGUUUCUCUGCUGAGGAGCACAAAAAGGUGUUUGCCAACUCAUGUUAACAGUCAAUAAAUGCAGCAAAAUGGA